CACAUCCUGCCUGGGAAGGGAGAGCCUGAGUCACACAGGGAAGGGGGGAGUUUACUAUCUUGUUACUUUGUCAUAUCAUUGCUAAGUGAUCACAGCAGCACAUCCAGCAGGAUUGGGGCGAUCAACAGGUCUGCAAGUCUUUGGAUUCACUUCAGGUAGACAUUCGUCCUGGACCAUGUGAGGGGAGACGUCUAAAAUGGCUGACAGCUCAGACUGGGUGGAGAUCAUCGAGCCCCGCUCUCAUGAGCGAAUGUACGUCAACCUGACGACUGGAGAAUGUGGUUGGGAGCCUCCUCCAGAUGUAAAAGUGCGACAGUCUGAUGCGAACCAGUGGUGGGAACUGUACGAUCAGCAGAGUGGACGGUUUUACUACUAUAAUGCAUUAAGCCAUCAAACUGUAUGGCACAGGCCCCAGCAAUGCGACAUUGUGCCUUUGGCCAAAUUGCAAGCAGUGAAACGUGCUUCGCAGCCAAGCCUCAGCUCACGUGCCAGUCAAGAGCUGAUCUUUCAUCGGGGUAGCACAAGUAGUGAGGGAGCAAACGCUUCCAUUGAGGUCCUUAUGCAAGAUCCAGAUGGGGGCAAAAGACGUGGAGACAGCAUGGAUAGCAGAAAGGAUUCUGGGAGAUGGCAACCUGUUCCUGGAACCAAGGCAGCGAUGCUAGUGAAAGUGAACAGUUUGAGACAAAUUCCAGUAUCUCCGACCUGCACACCUCUUCAAAGUAGCAACCCAAAAAAUUCUUUAGGCAAAGCAGCUGGAUAUGCCCAUGUCCAGGCCACCUCUAUGCAAGUAAAACCUGGAGUUGAUACAAAACAAUCAAUGCAAGUGAAGAAAACAGAUAAUGGUGUAUUCUGUCUUGUCUUGACUAAUGGGGCCACAUGUCAAACUCCACAGAGGACUCCUACAGGGACACUGCAGCCCUCCUCCCCUAGGUAUGGCUCCCCACCACCUAUAUAUGAUGAGCCAUCUUUAGAGUCUCCGAUUUAUGACGAGCCACCUGCUGAUAUGGACUUUGAGAGCACAACUGUACAAUCACUUUCACCACCAUUAUCACCGACUAAUAGUGUGCAGAGCUAUUCACAGACUCCAAAACUUCUGCCCUACCCAAGUCAUUCAAACAAACACAAGAGGAACCCUUCUACUACGGAAUACAGCCCAGCAGGCAGGGAGUAUAUAAAGCACAUGGUCAAUGUUGACCAAUCCUCUAAACAAACUAUUUCUCCCACUGGAUCACUUGAUGUCCCUCCUAAACAGCAACCUGGUCCAUUGGCUUUAAAAGACAGCUUUAAGCAUUCUUGGAGAGUCUUGGAAGCUAAUGUUCUCAAGAACAUGGAGGCUCACCAUAACAGGCAAAAUAGUCUUCCGCAAGAUUACCCAACAGUGGUAAGUCAACAGGACUCUGGUUAUUCCACAGGCCCCUCUCCUAGCUUGAGAAAACGGAAAGGUAGAAGACAAGGCACAGCUCAGAUAAGGCCUGGUUCAGUGGGCAGCAGCAGUGAACUCAAUGCACUAAAUGAUAAACUAAUUGCAGAAAUGAGGUCAGUAGUCUGCAGAACGCCUGCAGUAAGGGGCAGCAAGACUAGCUUGGACACAGACAUGAUAGAAAACAUUGCCCCAGACAAUAACAAGGUCCGGUUUCAGACGGACUCCUUAAAAAAUUGCGUAGGCAGAGGGUCGAGGGAUGACCUCACAUCGAGCAGUAGGUCUCUAUACAGACUUGGACCUGAAGUAAGAGAUUGUAAAGGCGAAGUAAAUACUCAACCAGAAGUGGUACGACAAAAACGGACCUAUGAGAAAAUGGACUUUGUGGAGAAGAAGGUCACAAGCCAGAUAAGUUUACUCUCAACAGAAUCGACAAGAACAGCAUCACAGAGUGGCACUCUGGAGGGAAAUCCUACAUGUGACGGUCGGGGGCAGACAACCUUUGGGUCUGGAUAUCAGUUUCCUUAUACUACUCUUAAGAAACCACUUUCCCAAACCAGCAUGGUGGACUGGGCUUCAAAGAACCUCAACAUGCACAAACAGGGAAUCUUCCGCAGGAGAAUCUCGAUCUCCAAUAUGCUGUCUUGGAAUGGCGGGUCCAUCAAGAAGCCCAUGUUGAUCACUAGCAAUCGAGUCAUCAAGAAAGAAGCCUGUGAAAUGUUCAAGCUUGUUCAGAUUUACAUGGGAGACCGUCAGGGCCGGACAGACAGAAACCAAGUGGCUUUAGUUUUGGUGACUAAAUGUUGGACGGUGCAAGGUUUGCGGGAUGAACUGUACAUGCAACUGGUGAGACAGACCACCAACAACAUGUCUCACAGAAGCCUGUCUUUAGGAUGGGAACUUAUUGCCAUCAGUUUGGGGUUUUUCUCCCCAUCGCCAAAGUUUCAGUCAUACUUGGAAGGUUACAUCUACAGGCAUCUGGAAGAAGCCAGUGAUCAAAACAUUAACCAACGGAUUCGGGAAGCUCAGGAACUGAAAUCAAAGAAAAACUCAAAAUCCCUGAAAAAGAGGAAACAAAAUGUGGAUGAGGAGGAAGGUCUUCCCAUCAGUACCUAUUCUAAGUAUUGUUACCGCAAACUGCAAAAAGUCGCAGUGACUGGAGGAAAGAAGGGUUUGAGGAAGCCAACACUGGAGGAAAUUGAGCAAGCUCGACAAGCCAUCCUCACCCCUUCUCUGUUUGGGAGCUCUCUGGAGGAGAUCAUGGAAAGGCAGAAAGAAGUGUAUCCUGAUCGUCGGCUGCCUUGGGUGCAGACUCAGCUCUCACAGCAAGUGUUAUCACUGGGAGGUGAAAGAACGGAAGGAAUAUUCAGAGUCCCUGGAGACAUUGAUGAAGUCAACGCGCUAAAGCUGCAGGUUGAACAGUGGAGAAUUCCAGACAAUCUCUCAGACCCCACCGUACCUGCAUCCCUCUUGAAGCUUUGGUAUCGGGAGCUGGAAGAGCCGCUGAUCCCACAGCAGUUCUACAAGCAGUGCAUCAGUAACUAUGAGAACCCCGAUGCAGCGGUGUCCGUUGUGCAGCAGCUUCCUGAACUGAAUCGGACGGUGCUCUGUUACCUCAUCCACUUCCUCCAGAUUUUCUCUCAACCUUCCAACGUAGGCACAACAAAGAUGGAUGUCAACAAUCUUGCCAUGGUCAUGGCUCCAAAUUGUCUCCGUUGUCAGUCAGAUGACCCCAGAAUAAUUUUUGAGAACACCCGGAAGGAGAUGUCUUUUCUGAGGAUGCUGAUUGUCCAUCUAGACACCAGUUUUGUUAGGGGUUUUCUGUGAGGGUGAAAACCAUCAGCCAUUUUCUUUUAUUUCUGUUACUUGUAUAUAUCAGAAUUGCCUUCUCGUUUUUAAGAGAAUAAGGUGCGGUCCCUCCAGAGGGUUCAUGUACACUAGCGUGUCAGGAUAUUUCUAGCAUCUGUGCUUUUUGGAGGUCAUUAGUGCCAAAGGCAUAAAAUGACUUCAUGAGAAGUGCUCAGUGAACUUGUUAGGGCAUGUCUGCUCUUUAGUGGGGGGGGAAACAAUACCCUCUUCUUUGUUCUUACGGUGAUUGUUUCAUUGUAUAAAGGUUUCCCUCAUCCAGAGACACAUUAAAGUGUAAGACAAUAGCAAAUCAAGGCUUUUUACGAUGUGUUAUCUCUUUGGAGGGACCGGACCUCUUAAUAUAUUUUGAAUAUUUUAAGUUUUUUUUUUUGCUUUAAGUCCUCAGCUGUAACGUUAGAGCUCACACUGAGCAUCGUGACCCUACAUUACAAUAUGUCAGGUUUUUUAAGCCACUAACGAGUCAUUUCCACUUCAGAGACCUAUGGAGUGUUUGUUGCAAACUUGAAGAGUUUUUUCAAGGUUAUUACUAUGAAUUAUUUUUUCGCUGUUCACUAUUAUAUGCAGCAUGAAACUAUGACAUGCUUGUGUGACAAUAAACACACCCGCUAUCCCGGGUGACGCUAACACUUUUUAUUGGUGUUGGAGCAGAUGUGAAGUCAUGCAUUUUCUAAGUACAGUAGUUCCUAAAAGUACAAUAUCUUGAGUAAAGGAUUUAAUUUGAUGCUUAAAGCAAACCUGUCAUGUGAUUUCAGCUGAGCUAUCAGAAAGCAGCAUAUGAUAGAGGGAGAAAAGCUGAGCUGAGAUUUGGAGCCGGAUUUCUGAGUAAUAGAGUAAAUCCUGACAGGGCUCCUAAGAGAACCAUUGAGAGUCCUGAUAAUCCCACCCACACUUGAUGAUUGACAUCCUGGGUGGGUGAGAUUAUCAGGACUCUCACUUUCUCUCCUAGGAGUCCUAUCAGGAUUUAUUUUUCCACAGAAAUUCAGCUUCAAAUCAUCUAAACCUAUAUAUUAGGCUACGUUCACACUUGAGUUGUUGUUUUCCGGUAUUCAGAUUCUGCAGAGGAUCUCUAUACCGGAAAAAAAACAUUUCAGUUUAGUCCUCAUGCAUUCUGGAUAGAAAGAGUUCCGUUUAGGGUGUCUUCUGUUCUGUCAACAUUCUGUUUUGUGUCUGGACCCAAAACCAUUGCAAGCUGCGGUUUUGUGUCCGGUCAUAAAAACGGAAAUAAACGGAUCCGUCACUGAAAAGAAUGUAAGGUAAUGGUGACAGAUUAGGUUUUUUAGGAGCAUAAAAAAAACAGAUCUGUCACUGUUUGACUUCCAGUGCAUUUAGUGACGGAUCCUUUUUUAUCCGUUUUGAUUUCACAGAACCGCAUCCUAACGGAACGGAUGUGUCCCGAUGAGCAAAAUCAAAACGGAUCCAUUUAUUCCGCUUUUGAGAUCCUCUGCCGGAUACCAGUAUGACAAACGCAAGUGUGAAAGUAACCGUGCAGAGCUCAACUUCUGUCCCUCUAUCAUAUACUACUCUCAGAUAGGGCAGCAGACAUCAUCAGGUUUGUAAGCUUUAAGUAGUGAAGACAAUGCAUCAUUUACAAGGUCCGGCACAUCUUACAACAUAUGGUGAAAUAUGGUCUUGUUCAUGGUCUUUUGUUGGGAAGCAGGGAUAGGUUUCAGGAUGUAGUAACCUAAUGCCAUCUGUUCAGAUUACUGUUUUCUUGUGCAGAGCUUUUUUUUUUAUGUUCGUUUCCGAUUGCCGUGUUGUAAAGCACUGGUCAAAGCAUAAUUCCGUGUAAAAUAAUAGUUUCUUCUGAAUCUGGUUUGUCUCUUAGAUUUGCAUUUCUAAGAUGGACUACAUGGAAUAUAUGACUUGAUCACAGGCAGUUUUACUAAAUGGCAUUUUUAAAAAGAAAGCACCACUCUUGUUAAUGGACUGUCUGGAAAGACCUAUCUUUUUCCAUAAUUUUUUUACUGUAACACAUUGGUGCUCUACCUGUAAAACUGGUAUUCUAAUAAUCACUAGAGCAGAGGAGGACAGCUCCAAGAAACUGUUGCCUGGAAAAUGAGUUUUUAUAUACCUAUGAAGUACAUAGCCUGUUCCCUCUGCUUACCCUGUUUACACUGUACUGUGACUCUGUGUUGACAUGGGACUGCACCUUUGUUGCUGCAGCGUGGUGUAAACUUAGCUUACUGCGCUAAAAAAAUAUAUCAAGAGUGCUCAGAAUUCACUGGAAUGCAGAAUAAUGACAGCAGCCAUCCACAUAAUGGAUAGACAUUUAAUACCGAUACCCAUAUAAAUAUGUGAAUGUUACAUGAUCGUUGUGCCACGCUGAACAGGACAUUAAGAUAAUGUAACUCCCCUUACAUUUGAGUAUAUGCUCCAAUAAAGUUGCGCAGUUGACCUGAUGUAUAGUCUCCGACCUGCCCUAGAAAUAUGAAAGCUAAAAUAUCAUGAGUGGUUUCUGUGGUCUACAGAAUCCAGAAGCACCUACCGUACGUACCGGGAGUUGAGCUGGUAAAUGGAAACUACUUUAGUUUAAUUUUCUUACUGUGAUUGUCAGGUUUCACUGUUACAUAAAUCCAGAUCACUGUUUUAGGUUUAUUUUAUAUAUUAUUUUUUUUUCAUGCAGUUUAUUAAUGCUUUUGUGAUGCAGAAUACCUGGUUCAGUGUCCAAGUUUAGCUAACUUUCAUUUUCAAGUCCCAGGUUUGAAACGAAUAGGAAUGUGUCCUUGUUGGAAAGCAUUGUUUUUAGCCAGCCAUACAUACAACAUAACCGACAGCCAUUUGACCCAACUCCACCAUGAACAUGCAUGUGUGGUGUAGCCAGCAAGGAGAGGAAUAAGUGGCUGGCAGCGGUUUAUCUCCUGCAGGGAUAAAGGCUCGGGCAUGCUGAAAUCUAGUAUGCCCGAUUCCUCUUUCUCCAACACCUACCAUACAUGAGAUUGCUGGCCACUUUGGAUUGCUAAUCGGUUUUCCUAAUAGUUGUGGUUCCCAGAGGUUGGAUCUAAACCUCUUAUUUAUGGCAUAGUCCUAUGGGCAUGCCAUAUAUUUCUGUAGGCAGAACACCUUUUAGUGCCACUGUGCUAUCCCUCAUAUGUGAAAAAGGUCUUCAUAAGAACAUUUUCCAAAAUGUUGGUAAAAACUCUUGGUAUAAUAUCCCUAUUGGGACAGAAAGCUGGAGUGUGUAUGACUAACUCCAAUGGUAUGCCCACAUUUGAGCAUAAUUUUACAGUGUAUUAUAUCAUUAUAAUUUAGAUAAAAAAUUAGUAACUUAGUAAAAUACAUCACUUGUGUUAUUCUGCCCUGCCCAUGUUAUAUUACAAAUUCACAGUUGUGCUGGUUGUCAGUGAAAACAGUUGAUAUGCUUGUUGUCAGACAUAUCCCUAACAGAUUAGCUGAGAGGCCCUAUAAUGCUGUGGAACACAUUUCCUACAUGAGAUUAUUGUACAGUGUCUGGUAUAAAGAGUACCUAGAAUGUAAAUCAUCACAGCAAGCUUUAUGCAGGAACUAAACCAAUGAGGAACACUGAUUCCAAAACCGAAGCCUACAGAACGCUGAAUGUAAUACAGGCUGUGAAUCAGUGGCGGUACCAGAUAAAAGGCAUUUGAAAAAUCAUUCAACUUUGGCCUCAUGCACA